AUUGAGAGUCGAAUUUCGCUUGCAAUCUGUUCUAGGUGGAUUCAUGUUAUACGUUAAGACCUUGUUCUUUACCACUAAAAUAUGUUGUUUAUCAAUCUGUGAUUAAGUUGGCAAUAAUGUAUGGCAAGAACAAGUCGGUUGGGAUCCCGUCUGAUGCUCAGUCUAAAGAGAAGUUAGUUUAAGAAUUCAGUUUAUUGCUGUAGAUUGGCGGUGUAUGUUUACGAGUACCUUGUGCAUAUCGGGGCACAAAAGACAGCUAAUUCUUUUCUCCAAGAGGUAAUGUCUUCUUAAGUAAUGCAGUUACUUAAGAUCCGGUGGGACAAAUCAAUAAGCGUCGGCGAGCCUCCUGGAUUUUUGCACUCAUGGUGGAGUGUAUUUUGGGACCUGUACAGUGCUGCUCCUGAAAGACGUGAUACACAUGAGCACUCAAGCGAAGCCAAAGCAUUCCACGACUAUGGUUUUGUGAAUUCGGGUUACCCAAAUGGAUUACCACAUCCCAAUCACCCUGUUAUGUCUGGCCCCCCAAGUGUCAGUGGUCCUGGUGGAGCAGGACCGGGAAUGCCUCCUCCACUCGGACCCCCUGGACCCGACCCAGUAUCAAUGAGACAAAGGCCAUCUGGACCACCUUUAAUGACAGCCAGUGGUCUUCAAAAUCCAGGACCUGGUUUACAAGGACCUUCACCUCAUCAUCCAUCAGUACGAUUUCAUCAACCUGGUACAGGUGGAUAUCCAGGUAUUCCUGUCGGUAGUAGUAUGAUUCCUCCACAUGCAAAUUUACUGCCAGGUUCGGGUCCUUCACAUCCCAUGCACGGUAGCCCUAUGAUGCCUCAUCAUCACCCACCCGGUGCCAUUGUAGGUCACCCUCGUCCUAGGUGGAUCGGUCCAUCUAUUCCACAACAGGCAGGUGGUCCUCCAUGCCCUCCCCAACAAGGCGGUGGCCCUCCAGUUUGUUCAGGAUCGGCUGGGCCGAAUUCAGUAUCGUCAACUGGACCUGGAAGUGUCGGUCCGGGUUCGUGUGGAGGCAGUGGUAUAGUUCCUAGUCCCGGUCAUCCUGGUACACCAACUCAACACGCUCCUCAUCUUGCUGCUCCUAGUCCCAUCAACAAUCAGUCUAACGAUCACCAGCCGUCUGGAGGUGGAAUGUCAGGUCAUCCACAUCAUCCUACACCGCCACAUUAUAUGGGUGGUCAACCACCACCACAACAACAAACACCACCUUCUUCAAAUUCCUGUCUCCCUCCAGAAUACGCUGCAAGACCUUCUCCACAUCUUGUUUUUAGUGGUGGAGGACCUGGCUCUACUCCUGAUAACGGUAUGUUUGGUACAGGUCCCGGAUGCAGUGACUCUGGAUUACUAAAUGGUUCUGUGGGCCCUCCUCGUAGCAGCGGAAUGAUGCCCCCUCCUCCCCCAGACUACUCAAGUGGCAUGCCUUCUGCAUCAAACCCUUACCCACCCGGUUCUGAUCUCAAAGCCUCGCCGUUACAUGGGGGUCCUGGAAUGGGUUGUGACAUGGUAAGUCCAGCUGGAGGCCCUCCCCCAUUGAUGCCCUCUGAUUACCCUUCCGGCAAUGGCCCUGGUGGCAACGGACCUGGACAAGGCAGCAGUGGGUUCCCAGGAGAUUCUGUUAUGAUGAUGCCUCCGCCGCAACAGCAAAGUGUUUUACAACAGCAUAUGGGUGGUGGACCGCAAGGCCAAGCUCCGCCCCCUCCUCAGUAUGUUCCUUCUGGGGGUCAGCACUCAGGGUCAGGUGGGGGUCCCCCAUCGUCCAUGCAGUCCAUUUGUGGGGGAUCUAAUCCUAGUCCAGCUGGCGGUCCGGGUUCUGUGCAGUUUCCACAAGAAUAUUCGUUCAGUCAAAUGUCCUAAGUGGAUCGUAUCGAGUGCAACUACACUCCUGUUUGUCGAAAACUGCAGCCAUCAGGUGGCAGUGUACUGGUUUCUGUUUGUGCACCUUUAUUAUUACCAUUUUGUUCUACACAAUAUCUGCAUGUCAAUUUACAAACCCUUUUUAGAUUUGAAUGUGUAUCUUAUCCUUAAGUUGAUUGCCCUCGAAUCAUGUCUCACCCGCCUAUCAGUGUAUAUGUUUCGCGGAGCCAUUAUUUAAAAAAUAUGAUCUAAACAGAGGAAUCUGUCUAAACACUUUUAUAUUUCUUGAUACCCCGGUAUCACCUGAGCGCAUGGACACCAGUAAUACUUUCCAUUAAAUGAAAUUAUCAUUUAUUUUGUUAAUGAAUUCCUCGAUUGUUUUGUGUCAUACCUGCUUUAAAUGCAUUUAAUGUUUUGUCAGUAUAUUUCUCCUUGUAGUACAUUGUCUGCUUAAUUACAAUUUAACUAGCAUUAUACAUUUGAUCUUUUUAAAUAAUGUAACGAUCUUGACAAAUAUCAGUCUGCCUGCACAAAUUUGUAAAACCAAAUGAUCUUGGGUGUUUUCUAAUAUAGAUCCAUAGUUUAUUGCAGUACUGUGAACGGACGAUUUUAAAAUUGCGAUGGAUAUUGUUCAAAACAGUAUUUCUCAUUUUUAUAUUCUUGUGACUGACCAUACUUCUUAAAUGAAUGACAGUAAAAUUUUCAUGUCCAACAAUUCAUUUUAAGUAGAAACUUCUCUUUGUCUUUUCAGCAACAUCGUAUUUUGUAAACGUUAGCAUAAAUUUUUUCGCUGAGCAUUUUCGGUUCUAUGACUGUAAAAGAAUUUUCAUCACACUUUCUGAUUUACAUUAUUUGUCUUCAGUUGGUUUGAUGUUUUCAUUACAUUCUUCAAUUUAUUAUAAUUGAUAAAUACUUCUCAAAUUUACUCCUGCAUAUCUGUGUAAGUAAUCUGCCUGCAUUGACACUUUCUUUAUCUUCUGCUCCGUACUGUAAGAACAUUUUCAGGUUAACGUACGACAAUAUUUAUUAAGAACCAUGUUGCAGCAAUAUCUACAUGAAAAAAUUCUGUCAUAAAAUGUACGUUAUCGCUCCUUUAUGGAAAGGUUAAGAUCCAUACGAAUGUAAAUGCAUUUUAACCACAUUUGACUUGAAGAAUUCUGACAGGUU